AUGACUGCUCGAGGAGUGGCGCUUCGUUACAAUCACCUGCAGCAGCAGCAGCAGACGCGUGGACUUGGACUGAGCGCCGCCUCGUGCGCACAGGCCGAGACGACCGCUUCGACCCCGUUGACCACCUCGACCACUGUCACGGAUGCUGCCUCCACAGGAAGUGCCACUGCCAAGCUACUUUCGCCACUCGUGGCACAGCUCGAGCAAGAGCACGAGUCACAAUCGCCGACCGCCGCCAAGCCUGCCGCCUCGAGCCUCGUUGACAUUGUCUACAAGAGCCCGUUCGACACGACCAUCCGCAGGCUCAAGCUCUUGUCGCUGACGAGUUGCAUUGGCGGUCUGAUUGGCGCGCCCGUCCUGCUGCUGCUGACCUCGAGUGCCGACGCCCUCCCAACGACAGCCCGCAUCGCUGUUGCCGUACUGGCGGCCGCAAUGGGCUCCUCAACGACCGCGCUGUUGCACUGGGUCACCAAACCCUAUGUUCGCGAUCUCGUCCGCGACGAACACAACCCCGAUCGGCUGCACGCCACGACUUUUACCUUUACCGGCGGAGAUGCCAAGUCGUCCUUCCUGAUCUCGUCGAUGCGCAAGGCUGCCAACAGCCGCGCCUUUGUCUCCUUCCACGCCGACGGCAGGGACUACUUUGUCCACAAAGAGCUGGUUCAAGACGAGCAACUCUUGCAGAUUCUUCAAAAGAUCGAGUCUUGA